AUGGAGGCCAAGGCUGCUGAGCUCCUGGCCGCCUUCAAGAACCCCAGCGUCUCUGUUGACACGCGGGUCGCCCACCUGACGAGUCUCAAGUCCGACAUCAAACAGAAGAAUGUUCCAGAAGGCGCCAUCCCGAGUAUUUUUGAAACCUUGCGGCUGGCUUUGAACUCGCAGCAUUACUCAGUGCUCACCGCGGGAUUCUCAACCCUGGGUCACUUUCUGAAGCGGCUGUUCAUCCAAGACCAACAGCAACUGGUGGUCAACCAAGCCCGCAACUUCUACCCCACACUCGUGGAACGACUCGGCGACCACAAGGAGCGCGUCCGAGCUCAGUCGGCGCAGAUAUUUACCGAGCUCUGGCCUGCAGCAAGUGCGGAUGUCGAGUUUCAUGUCCUCGACGGAGCGCUGGUGGGUCGAAACCCCCGCGCUCGUGAGAUGAGCAUGCUCUGGCUCUCGAAUAUGACAAAGAACCAUGGUCUCCUUUUUCGUACAUAUGUGCCUUCCUUGGUCGCUUGUCUAGAGGAUGCCGAUAGCUCUGUCCGCGAUACGGCACGGGCAGUCGUUAUUGAACUAUUCCGCACUGCACCACCGCGAGCGAAAUCUGACCUACAGAAGCAGCUGGUUGCUCGAGGCGUGAGAAAGUCGAUCGCCAAUGCUAUCAUCACGGGGAUCGGUCUCAGUUCGACUGACUCGGAAAGCUCAUCUGCACGACCCGUCUCCCGCGUUGACCGGCCGAUCUCGGUGAUGUCUUCACGUUCCAAGCUAGUUGAACAUGAUGAUGAUGACGAACCAAAGAGUCGCCCCGGCUCCUCCAAAAGCCACGUUGAUAAACCUACUACCUCCCAUGGACUUGCAGAGGCGGGUGCCAUUCAUCGACCGCGUACCCCGGCGGAGCCUCCAGCUUCCCAGAGUUCGUCCGAUGAUGGUGUUGAACCGCUCACAGUAUCUUCGGCUCGAGAGAUCGAUGAUCUCGUACGCGAUAUGCUUCCUUGCUUUGAUGGCAAGGAAUCGGAAGACAACUGGAUGAAGCGCGAAAAGAACGUCAUUCUGUUCCGACGACUCACUUGUGGCAAUGCGCCUCACGCCCUCUCACAGACCUACAUGGCUGCUGUCAAGACCCUCUUGGAAGGCUUCUUGAAAGUAGUCAAUUCUCUUCGAACAACCAUGAGUACGGCUGGGUGCCUUUUGAUUCAGGACAUUGCUCGAUGCUGUGGUCCCAGACUCGACCCGAUGGUGGAAAUCAUUUUGCAAAAUCUGAUGAAAGUCUGUGCAGCUCUCAAAAAGAUCUCCGCUCAGAACGGCAACCUCUCGGUCGAUGCAGUGAUCAGCAAUGUGACCUUUACGAACCGCCUUCUGCAACACGUUCACUGGGCAUCCGUGGACAAGAACUUACAAUUGCGUUUGUUUGCUGCCGGAUGGCUUCGCACUCUGAUUAGUCGACAGUCUCGACAGAAGAGCACGGUUGAACACGGUGGCGGUCUUGAGCUUGUGGAGAAGUCUAUUAAGAAAGGACUGGGCGAUGCCAAUCCCUCUGUGCGGGAGGCCAUGCGCAGCACUUUCUGGAUGUUCCACAAUGUAUGGCCAGAUAAGGCCGAUGCAAUCAUGUCUACACUCGAUCUAAAAUCUCGGAAUCUCCUGGAGAAAGAUCCAUCCAACCCAAAUGCCACCCAGAAGGCUUCCGUAUCGUCAGGAAAGAGCUCUGCUAGUGGCACAGCGCCCACACCCGGCCGUUCUGCUUUGAAAGAAGCCAUUGCCGCUCGAAAACGAGCCCAGAUGUCAUCUCGCCCCGAGUCGGCCCACUCGAACUUCACCGAUUCAAAGACAUCAGAGGCCACAUCCAAGUCGUCCACGACGCGCACCGUGCCUACGGGCGCUCCCCUUUCCUCACUUUCAUCGGCUCCCGUGCGUCCUGGAAUGAAACCUCGACGAGCAGAGUUGAGUCGUCCUGCGACUGCAGAUCCCUACGCUUCCCGCCGUCCUCCCUCAAGAGCCGCCGGUUCUCCCAGAACAGUUCGACCCAAGGCGACGACACCUACGUCCAAAACUUUGACUGCUCCACGCCUUCGCCCUCAUAAUGAUCCGGGAACCAAUACUACCAGGGGCAAGCCAAGGAAACUCGAUCUCUCCAAAUCCAAGUCGCACGACCACCUCUUGGCUGCGAGCCGUGCUCACAGUGACUCAAACGAAUCACUGCAUGACCACCACUUGGAACUCCCGGCCGCAUCUGAGGACCAGCCGGCCCCCAUUGUGCUGGAGAGCCCCCCGCUGUCUGCCUCUCACCCAUCACUCAAUUAUCCGAAACGACCCCUUUCUGGCCACGAGGUCGCCAAUACUCACGAUCAUGAGUUGCAAUCCAUGCCGCUGGACGAGCCCAGCUUCCCUAUUGACGUGACACCCGCCCGCGAACGGGAUGCUGAGACCACUCUACAUCAAUCCGCACUUGCAUACGAUCCCGAAACCACUGGUAGGCCCGAGCCUGAAUCCAUGGUUAUCUACGAGGACCCAAUGAGUCCUGUUGCGGCUGAGGCUGAUGCCUCCAGCCACGCUUUCACCCCCAAGGAGAAACCCACUCCUUCGAUGACGCCAUUCCGCCAGGCGCAGCAGAAGCUUCGCGAUGCAGGAGCCGCAGCUGCCGCGAAAGACGUCUCGGUCGUUCCCGUUGAGACUCCUGCUAAGAAAGCAAGUCCUGCGUUGGUUCCAGACAAGGAGCCGGCCUCUGAUCGCAUGAAUGUCGAAGGACAAUUAGAAUCACCACCCCAUCAAUCGCAGAUCAAUCAGGACAGCCCUUCGCCUGCGAUAGUCGAACUCCCAAGUGCGGCUGCCCAGUCUACCCUGGCUAGGGAAAACAAUGGCAACAAUGAGAAUGUGAUGCCCCAUACCGGCAAGGCUGCUGAAGUAGCUGCAGCACCACGGUCUGCCGCAAAACCAAAAGCCCUGGAAGAAGUGCCUGUGAAUGAGUCCGGCUCUCGCUUUUCGGAGGCAAGGAGACGCUCCUUUGAGUCCCUGGCCCAGUCUUCGUGUGAAGACCCGGCCGGUCGUUGCCGCAAAUGGAUCGACAAUAGGAGCAUUAGCCCCCGAUCAAAGGAUCCCGCAAACGCGAUUGAUAUGAUACGCAAGGCUCAGGCGCGCAUCAAGUCGGACACGAUGGAUAUUUCUGGAUAUCGGAAGCUACAAACGCUGUUCUACUACCACAAGGAUACGAUCAUCCCCGACAGGUCGGAAUACAACUCGAUGGUCAACGCUCUGUUGAAGGAAUUGCAGAAAGCGCCCACAGACCGAAAAGAUCAAGACGUGAAGACCCAAAUUUUGGUAACUAUCCGCGCCAUGCUUAAAUGCACCAUUGCCAAUUUCAAUCUUUGCAUUGAGCGGACGUUAACAGCGGUGAUCCGGGCUCGUCGGCACUACGAGUCGAGUUCGCACAUUGUGACGUACAUGGAAGAACUCGUGGAUAUGCUGGUUGAUCACAGUUUGACGGAGGAGGCUGUGAUUGACGGCGUGAUCGAGGGAAUGGAUAUGGGAGAGGAAGCGUUGAAGAGCGAAGGAGCAUACCGGUCGAUUAUCCUCGGACUUUCGACUCUCCACCAGACGAUCCUCCCGGCCAAAUACGAGCACAUCCCCGACGAUUCCCUGGUCAAGGUUGGAGAGGUUGUGUCGGAGCAGCUAAGACACCCGCGGCCCGGAGUUCGCAAGCAAGCCACCGAGCUGAACGCCCUUAUCAACUCCAAAUUUGGCGAACGUCUUCGCAAUCUCGCCCCGCCGCCUCAGGAAGGGUCCCUCAACUUGCUCACCUACUACAUGGCCCGCCAAAAUAUCAGUGGGUGA